UUGUUUGACUCGCUUUUAGACAGAGAAAACAUAAACAGCCACAACGUACGAAUCACGUUUUUGUGAAAAGAAACAGUAAAAAAGCAACCCAACAACAGCAAAAUGAACGUUUUUAGGUCAUUGAAUUGAAGAUUGAAGCUUGAAACUCCCACCAUUCAAAGCUAACACUCUCACUCACGCUAAUUUGUUUCUGUCAAAUCGUCUUUUUAAGAAGAAUUAGAGGGUCUCAAUCUCUUCAGAUAUGAGUAUGGUCAUUAUCAGUUUCUACUUGCCUAUAAAAGGUCAUUCUUUUAUUAAAAGCAAAAUUAUGAAUUUCAUUUUCAUAUCAAUCUGUUACUUUUGGACAGGAUAUAUUCACCAAAGCUACAUCCUUUUUUCUUGGUUUGUUGAUAAUCUACUUUGUUAUUCAACAUGGAAUCUCGAUUGGUUGAUGGAAGUGACCGGACAGAAGUUUCUGGGGAUGCUGAUUUCGUGGAACCAAAUGAUGGGUGUAGAUUGCAAGAGAAUUAUUCUGGGAGAGAAUUGGGUAGCUCUCAUCAUGAUCAUGCUAUUCAGGAACCAUAUGAAGGCAUGGAAUUUGCAUCUGAAGAUGCGGCUAAGAUAUUUUAUGAUGAAUACGCCCGACAUGUUGGAUUUGUCAUGCGUGUGAUGUCUUGUCGACGGUCAGAAAGAGAUGGUAGGAUUCUUGCUCGCAGGCUUGGGUGUAAUAAGGAAGGUCAUUGUGUCAGCAUACGAGGGAAACUUGGGCCAGUUCGGAAAACAAGGGCAAGCUCAAGGGAAGGUUGUAAGGCGAUGAUUCAUAUCAAGUAUGACAAAUCUGAAAAAUGGGUGAUAACAAAGUUUGUGAAAGAUCAUAAUCAUCCACUAGUAGUCUCUCCACGUGAAGCACGGCAAACAAUGGAUGAGAAGGAUAAGAAAAUUCAGGACCUAACAGCAGAUCUUCGGAUUAAGAAACGGUUGUGUGUAACUUAUCAAGAACAGUUAACUUCGUUUAUGAAAAUUGUCGAAGAGCACAGUGACAAGCUGUCUGCAAGAAUUCAUCACAUACUUGAUAAUCUUAAAGAAUAUGAAUCCAUAGAAGAGCUUUUGCACCAGACGUAGUGUUGUAUUAUGCUAAAACUGUAUACGCAUCAUAGCAUUGGUUAAUGCUGUCUAUAAUUGGUCGGAUUAGCUCCCUCUAAAUAUCCGCAAUGGCGGAUUUUUUGACAACUUGUGAAGGAUGACAGCACUAUGGCAUUUUAUGGUGGCUUAAAAUGGCGGUUUUUCCCUUUCCGCCCUGGUCCGCCAUCUGCAUUCGAUUACGCUCAAUGUGUUAGAAUAUCUAUAGCUUAUUUUUUUAUCAAUGGGUGAGAUAUCUUACAUUACCUUAUAAAAUGAUAGGUCUCUUUGGAGGAGCCAACUCCAUAGCCAGUGUUACGUGGUUUCAAAUACCAUUUGAGAAGUAGAUUUCCAUUUCAUAAUACCGUGUGAUGUUUUCGUUUAAUGCCUUUGUGUACUUUUGUUGAAUGCAUGUCAUUUGUCUAACAAUCUGUACUUGUAUUUGCAUC